AUGGUCAUCGGCCUUCUUUUUCUAGCCUCCAUCCCCACCGUGACGGGCACCGCCUUCGCCGUCAGCGAGCAGCGCAAGUCGAACCAGCGCAAAGAAGAUGCACGACGGAUGGUAAAGUUCAACAUCGAAUCCGUGUGCUCGGGAGAUACAGAUGAUGAUCGCGAUGUAAAUGGGAGGAGAGUGGUAGUUCGGAAUGACAAGGUCUAUCUCGACAUGGUCGACCCAGCUGAGCGCCAAAUACCCUCCUUCACAGCCCUGGCAUUCUACAUCGAAUACCCCGAACUAGAUGAAACGAAGCAUCUAGACCGCGGCUUAGGUCUACCUACAUACGUUUGCGCCAAUCCACCUCUCCUCAACUGGAUCUAUGCAGAUAAAGACACACAUGAGUUGAGGUAUGGCAAUCGGACGCAAAGCGUGGAGCACACCGUCGGACCGUGGGAUUGGACGGAAGAUGAGAAGACUCUUCUGCUGGAGGAAAAGAACGCGUUCUAUGCCGUGGAAGAAGAAGAGGGCCAGUGGGCUUUGUAUUAUGAUCGGGAUGGGGAUGAGUUGGUGCGAGUUUUAGAGGAGCAGGAUAUGCUGGAUAAUGCUUUUGUGCCUGUUUCGCUUGUCCGGAAGAUUGCAGAGGAGCCGCCGGCUCCUAGUCAGAGCCAAGGACAAGGUCAGGCUGGGGGAAGUGCUGGAAAGUAA